CACACACACAUCUCCAACCCGCCAUCAGGACUGCUGUGAUCUACUGCGCUCCCCUCCGUUCAUUAGGCGUGUUUAGUGUGUUAUGACAGAUGUAUUAGUUCGCCUGCUAGUUUAAUGUCCGGUGGGUGACUAUCAAACAGAAACAUGACGGAGGAGUCUGCUGUUAAAGUGUGUGUUCGGGUCCGUCCUCGUAUCGCCAGGGAAGAAAGUGCUGCAUCAGAGAAUGCAGAGCCUGUCCAGGUGUUUUGGAGAGCUGAUAAGAAAUCAAUUCAUCAGAUUGAUGAUGGGAAUACCACUAAGAGCUUUAGUUUCGACCGAGUGUUCACUGCAGACGAAACAACCAAUCAGCUGUACCAGGACAUUGCGAAGCCUCUGGUCGUUUCCAGUGUUGAGGGAUACAAUGGAACCAUAUUUGCUUAUGGACAGACUUCCUCUGGAAAAACUUUCACCAUGAUGGGGAGUGACCGUUUUCCUGGAGUCAUACCUCUGGCUGUGGAGGAUAUCUUCCAAACCAUUAAAAAUUGUCCAAAGAAGGAGUUCCUUCUUCGGGUUUCUUACAUGGAAAUCUACAAUGAAACUGUGAGCGAUCUGCUCGUUGACAGCUGGAAGAGAAAACCCCUGGAAGUCAGAGAGACAAUCAAUAAAAACAUCUAUGUGGCUGACCUGACUGAGGAAUUGGUUACAUCUCCUGCACAAGCCCUGGCCUGGAUUCGUAAAGGAGAAAAGAACCGUCAUUAUGGAAAGACAAAAAUGAACCAGCGGAGCAGCCGCUCACACACCAUUUUCCGAAUGAUCCUCGAAAGCCGAGAAAGGAGCGACCCAUCAUCAGGUGAAAAUGCUGAUGGAGCCGUUUUUGUGUCUCAUUUGAAUUUAGUCGAUCUAGCUGGAUCUGAGAGAGCAAGUCAAACAGGAACUGAUGGCGCACGUUUCAAAGAAGGUUGCAAUAUCAAUCGCAGUCUGUUCAUACUCGGCCAAGUGAUCAAGAAACUGACUGAUGAAGGCCAGAAAGGUUUCACCAACUACAGAGACAGUAAGCUAACCCGCAUCCUGCAGAACUCCUUGGGCGGGAACGCUAAAACAGUCAUCAUCUGCACCAUCACCCCUGUCGCUCUAGAGGAGACCCUCGGCACUCUGCAGUUUGCCAGCACUGCAAAAAAAAUGAAGAACGACCCUCAUGUGACAGAGGUGUCCGACGACGGAGCUCUGCUCAAAAGGUAUCGCAAUGAAAUUGUAGACCUCAAGCGACGACUUAACGAGGUUUCUUCAGUCACACAUACCACAGAUACGGAGAAGAAGGUUCUCUCCCAGCUGCUCCAAGAAAAGGAUCAGCUCCAGAGAGAACAACAGGACCGCAUCAGAAACCUGACCAAACUGCUGGUCACCAGCUCCAACCUGGUUCCUGUCCGAAAGAUGCCAAAACGCAGGGAAACGUGGGGAGGAAAGAUGAUCAGACUCGUCCCUCCGUCUGCAUGCGAUGGAGGCUCGUCUGACCUUAGCUUUGCAGAAUCUUGCACUCGGAAGAGGAAAGCAGAUCGCUCCUGUCUGAUGGAGCUUAAUGAAGAUGAUGAGGACUUUGACUCUCAAUGGGAGAUUCCCGAUGAGCCUCAAGAUGACAUGGAGAUGAGUCACAGUUCGGUGACUGUUCGGAGCUUUGGGGAGAGUCCCAAAGACUUUGUGUCUCCAGACCGUAUGCAUGAGCUUUCAGGGAAAGUGUCCAACCUGGAGCUACAACUGGAGAUAGAGAUUCAACAUAAAGAGGAGGCCGUGAGAAAGACAGAAACAUUAGAUGGCAGAGUGGCAGAGCUGGAGCUGCAUCUGCAGACAGAGGUCCAGCAGAGACAGGAAGCCCUGGAGAAAAUACAGACAGCAGAGCAGAGGGCGGCAGAGCUGGAGCUGCAUCUGCAGACAGAGGUCCAGCAGAAACAGGAAGCCCUGGAGAAAAUACAGAGGGCGGCAGAGCUGGAGCUGCAUGUGCAGACAGAAGUCCAGCAGGAUCAGCAAGCCCUGGAGAAAAUACAGAUAGCAGAACAGAGGGUGUCAGAGCUGGAGCUGCAUCUGCAGACAGAAGUCCAGCAGAAACAGGAAGUCCUGGAGAAAAUACAGAUAGCAGAACAAAGGGUGUCAGAGCUGGAGCUGCAUCUGCAGACUGAGGUCGAGCAGAAACAGGAAGCCUUGGAGAAAAUACAGACUGCAGAACAAAGGAUGGCAGAGCUGGAGCUACAGACAGAGGUCCAGCAGAAACAGGAAGCCCUGGAGAAAAUAGAGCUAGCAGAACAGGGGCCGGCAGAGCUGGAGCUGCGUCUGCAGACAGAGGUCCAGCAGAAACAGGAAGCCCUGGAAAAGGUGGAGAUCUUGGGCUUCAGGGUGGCCGACCUGGAGAGACGGCUGGAAGAACAGAGCCACACUCAGAGUGCAACUGAUGAGCAGAUGAGAAAAGAGUUUGCAGAGACCAUCCAGCUGUGUGAAACUCUGGCUACAGAGAAGGACGCAGUGGUUACUGAGCGAGACUAUCUGAAGCAGGAGCUCGGGAUGUUCAUAGAGCAGACUGAAUGUCUGGAGAGAGAGACGGCCGCUCUGUCAAAGGAGAUGGAGGAGAAGAGAGAGACAGAUGAGUUCCAAUCUCUGGAGGAGGAGUUCCAGAAAGAGCACGAGAGUGAGUUGCAAAAUGAUAUCUCUAAACUGAAGAAGGCCGUUGAAUCCUCUGAACUCCGAUGCCUGGAGCUGCAGAACAAACUAGAAACUCUGUCUGAGGAGCUGAAGAAGAAAACCGAAUUUGCAGAGGAACUGCAGAGUAUGAGCGGUAAGGACUUGGUGCAGGAAGUUGCGAAUCUUCGUCGCUCCCUAGACGACGCCGAGGGGCUCAGCAGAGAUACGAAGAAAGAAUGGGCUUUCCUGCGCAGCAAAAACAUCGCUGUUGAGGAGAUGAAUGUGACUCUGAGUGCCACCUAUGAGAAGAUGGAGACUGAGGUGAAAGGCCUGCGCUUUCACCUGGAGACGGAGAAGUCACGCUACAGAACGAUGCAGAGCGAUCUCCAGAAAGAGCUGAACGUGGCAUUCGACGAGAACACCAAGCUCACCACUCUGCUCGAUGGAAAAGUGCCAAACAAUCUGAUAGAAAACAUGGAACUUGAGAGAACAGUGGCUCGCCUGAACAGAGAACUGACUGCAUCUCAUGAAGCAGAGGGAGCACUCAAAGCUCAGCUGGAGGAGCUGGCUUCAUUCCAGACUCUUCCAGAUAAGGUGGACAGUUUGAUGAAGCAGCUGAAUCAGCUGACUGAAGAGCUUCAGUGUGUGCGAGCUGAGAAAGAUGCUCUCCUGUCUGAGCACAACGCCGGUAUUCAGAGUUCUGCAGAGGAAACGGAGAAGCUGCUCUCUACCGUUACAUCUCUCACUGCAGAGAGAGACCAGCUCAGGACGGACCUUCAGGAAAAUGUGGAGAUGAUGAUUGAGAAUCAGGACGAGCUGAGGACAGCCCUGGAGAAGAGUCGUGAACAGAAGGAGCGGAUCAAACAGCUGGAGACCGCACAAACAUCCGAACAGGAUGGUCCUCCUUGUGAGGUGAGCGCACCGACAGAGGAGCUGCAAAUACUUAUUCAGAGGCUGUCUGAGGAGCUUGAGAGUGUGCGAGCAGAGAGAGACAGUCUGUCGUCGGAGAGGACCGCCGACACUCAGACUCACCGCGAGGAGAUGGAGAAGCUGCUGUGCAGAGUGACGUCUGUCAGCGAGGAGAGAGAUGAGCUGCAGGAGAUCCUGGAGGGACUGAGACAGGAGAACAAGCAGCUCAGAGCAGACAUGGAGGACAGGAUGGAGACAAUGCAGACUGAGGUGAUCGAGAACCAGGAGGAGCUGAGGGCGUCUCAGGAGAAGAUCAGAAUCCUACAAGAUGAGAUCAACGUGCUGAGGAGUCAAAAGGCAGAGCUGGAGGGCAAACCAAGCAAUGGGAGUGAUGCAGAGAUUACCCUGCAGCUGCAAGAGCUCCAAAACCAGAUUCAGAGGCUGACUGAGGAGCUCGAGAGUGUGCGAGCAGAGAGAGACAGUCUGUCGUCAGAGAGGACGGCCGUCACUCAGACUCACCGCGAGGAGAUGGAGAAGCUGCUGUGCAGAGUGACGUCUGUCGGUGAAGAGAGAGAUGAGCUGCAGGAGAUCCUGGAGGGACUGAGACAGGAGAACAAGCAGCUCAGAGCAGAGCUGGAGGACAGGAUGGAGACAAUGCAGACUGAGAUGCAGUGUGAGUUACAGCAACAGCUCAGCUCUGAGCCUCAGUCGCUGAAAGAAGAGCAGGAGGCUCAACAGCUUCUGCAGAUCCAACAGCUGGAGGAGCAUCUAGAGAAAACGAAGGAGGAGGUGAGCCAGUUGAAGUCUGACCUUCAAGAAAAUGUGGAACUGAUGAUCGAGAACCAGGAGGAGCUGAGGGCGUCUCAGGAGAAGAUCAGAGUCCUACAAGAUGAGAUCAACGUGCUGAGGAGUCAAAAGGCAGAGCUGGAGGGCAAACCAAGCAAUGGGAGUGAUGCAGAGAUUACCCUCCAGCUGCAAGAGCUCCAAAACCAGAUUCAGAGGCUGACUGAGGAGCUCGAGAGUGUGCGAGCAGAGAGAGACAGUCUGUCAUCAGAGAGAGACAGUCUGUCGUCAGAGAGAGACAGUCUGUCGUCAGAGAGGACGGCCGACACUCAGACUCACCGCGAGGAGAUGGAGAAGCUGCUGUGCAGAGUGACGUCUGUCAGCGAGGAGAGAGAUGAGCUGCAGGAGAUCCUGGAGGGACUGAGACAGGAGAACAAGCAGCUCAGAGCAGAGCUGGAGGACAGGAUGGAGACAAUGCAGACUGAGAUGAGGACUCUAACUGAGAAACUGGAGAGCAUCGAAGCAGAGAGAGACGGUCUGUCGUCAGAGAGAGACAGUCUGUCGUCAGGGAGGACGGCCGACACUCAGUCUCACCGCGAGGAGAUGGAGAAACUGCUGUGCAGAGUGACGUCUGUCAGUGAGGAGAGAGAUGAGCUGCAGGAGAUCCUGGAGGGACUGAGACAGGAGAACAAGCAGCUCAGAGCAGAGCUGGAGGACAGGAUGGAGACGAUGCAGACUGAGAUGACGACUCUAACUGAGAAACUUGAGAGCAUUGAAGCAGAGAGAGACGGUCUGCUCUCUGAGAAGGACGCCACCUAUCAGACCUCUCCAGAGGAGAUGGAGAAGCUUCUGUACAGAGCGACGUCUGCCAGCGAGGAGAGAGAUGAGCUGCAGGAGAUCCUGGAGGGACUGAGACAGGAGAACAAGCAGCUCAGAGCAGAGCUGGAGGACAGGAUGGAGACGAUGCAGACUGAGGCUUCCACAACACAAGAACUUAUGAAGUCAGUCCAAGAGGAGCUGUGUGAGCAGAAGCAGAUCAACUGUAAUCUGGAGAAACUGUGUCAGGAGAAGGAAUGUUCUUUGGAUCAACAGAUGAGGACUCUAACUGAGAAACUGGAGAGCAUUGAAGCAGAGAGAGACGGUCUGCUCUCUGAGAAGGAAGCCAACUGUCGAACCUCCCAAGAGGAGAUCGUGGAGGGACUGAGACAGAAGAACAAGCAGCUCAGAGCACAGCUGGAGGACAGGAUGGAAACAAUGCAGACUGAGAUGAGGACUCUAACUGAGAAACUGGAGAGCAUCGAAGCAGAGAGAGACGGUCUGCUCUCUGAGAAGGAAGACAACUAUCAGGUCUCCCCAGAGGAGAUGGAGAAGCUGCUGUACAGAGCGACGUCUGCCAGCGAGGAGAGAGAUGAGCUGCAGGAGAUAGUGGAGGGACUGAGACAGGUGAACAAGCAGCUGAGAGCAGAGCUGGAGGACAGGAUGGGAACAGUGCAGACUGAGGACGUUAUCGACGAACACAACGGUCCGUCUGAAGAGCUGAAGCUGCCGAAGGCUCCGGCUGAUUCCCAGAGUUCCUCUCUUCUGCAGGCGCCGGAGGGAGCUCCUCUGAAAGCGGAGCUCUCCCUGCUGAAGGACAAUCAACAACAACUUGUGCUUCAGCUCCAGCAAACUGAAGAAAAAGUCAACGCUCUGCGUGUACACAAUGAGCAGCUGGAGGACGCUCAGAUCAAAGCCAGCAAGAGGGUGUCCAACCAUAAAGAGGCGACCCAGCUGCUGCAGACGGAGCUGCAGAACAGCCGCGCACAAGUCGAGGAGAAAGACGACGCCAUCGCAACCCUCAAGAGCAAACUGCGAGAGUCUCAGAAAAAUGCAUCACCCAGUUCCGUUGAGCUGGAACAACUUCGAACUAAACUGUUCAAAAUGGAGGUGGAGUUGAGUUCAGCGUCCGAUAAACGCAAACAAGAGAUCCAAAGGAUGAGCAUGGUGCUGACUGAAAAGGAAGAGUCGCUGAGGAAGCUGAAGGAGAUCUUGAGGAGAUCACAGCAGCAAGGAGAGGAGUCAUUCGUGUCGAAUCCAGUCCUGCAGGGUGAGGACCUUCAUGCCAGACUGACCAAGCCCAGAGGUUUGAUGAUCGAGUCCAGCACUCUGCUGCAGAAGAACAAACUGGAGGAGGAAGUCAAACAGCUUCAACUGAAAAUAACCAGGCUGGAAAGCUUGCUGUCCAGUCAGCAGGCAGAGAUCAACAAGUGGAAGAGCAGAGCCUACAAGCUGAAGGUGAAGAGCAUGGCUGAGGCGGACAAGCCUUCAUCGCCCUGCACUCCCACAAAGAGGGGUCAUUCCUUGACCUCAGACGCCUCCAACUUCUUCAGCUCACCCAAAAAGUUUCUGGCUAAUCCCAGGAAGGUCCUGGACCCUAUCCUGGACUCUCCCAGGAAGGUCCUGGACUCGCCAAAGGUCUCUAAGCUCGACUCCCCCAAAAGCAGAUUCUUUGAUGUGGAAGGAAGCUCCGAGCUGCUGUCCAGAACCUGUCCCAGGCAGUUCUUUGAUAACUCCAGCCUCGGUACCGUUCCAGAGGUUUUCCACGUACCUGAUAUACCAGACGCGGAGACGGAUGCAGCUGCAGGUGCAGACAGAAAGGAGGACUGGUGGCCUCGGUCUCCAAAUCAAGAGGAAAUGUGUAAAACACAGUAAAACGUUCCAUGUCCAAUCUUUUUUUAAAUAGUUUCUGUCUUAUACUGUUGUCAUGUCUUUUAUUCUAUAAUUCUUUCUGUCCUUAAUAAAGUUCAUAAAAUGUAUUAA